AUGGAGGCACACAUUUCCCAGGGAUCAUCGCGGAGCAGAGAGUGCUCUAUCGGCGCUGCUGGUGAGAGACGGCGCAUGCGCGCUGGGGUGGCUGCGGACCUGGAGCUGGAGGCCGGAGAUCGGUGGAGGAUGAUGAUGGCAGGGGUCGAGGAGGCACCAGCGGAGGAAGAGGAGGAGGGGCCGGCAGAGGAUGAGGAGGAGGAGGAGGUGGGGCCGCCGGCAACCGCAUUUGUUGUGGCAGCAGUCGCCCCCUGCCCGCUGGACGAUGAUAACGGCGGCCUGGGCGUGGGCUCCAGCUGCCUCUGCGGCCGGCCCUGUGGUGGUGCACCCCAGCUGGAGCUGCCCGCCCGCCUCUCCCCCCACUUCGAGUGCGCCGUCUGCUGCAAGGCCUUCCCCAAGGCCUCCUACCUGGCCCAGCACCAGCGCGUCCACAGCGGCGAGCGGCCCUACUGCUGCCCGGCCUGCCCCAAGCGCUUCGCCCGCGCCUUCGAGCUGACGCGGCACCGCCGCAUCCACACGGGCGAGAAGCCCUACCAGUGCCCGCUCUGCCCCCGCCGCUUCUACUCCUCGGGCAACCUCAGCCAGCACCGGCGCGUCCACACCGGCGAGAAGCCCUACCGUUGCAGCCUGUGCCAGCGGCCAUUCGCCAAGUCCAGCAACCUGGUGGAGCACCUGCGCACCCACACACUGGAGAAGCCCUUCGAGUGCGCCCUGUGCCGCAAGCUCUUCCGCAACGCCGGCGGUCUGGCAAAGCACCGCUACCUGCACAGCGGCCGCAAGCCCUUUCAGUGCGCCGUCUGCGGCAAGGGCUUCGUGCAGCGGACCCACCUGCGCCGCCACCAGGCCACCCACCCACAGGCAGACGGCUGAGAGGGGCGCCCGUCGGACGUCCCGGCCUGGGAUGUGGCAGCCGGCACUCUACACCGGCGUGGGGCCUAAGCACGUCACGCACCGGGCCGCAGGGAUCUUCGGGCACAUAGGGGACAAGGGUGUGUGUCUGUGGGAU